AUGGCUGAAGAAAAUCAAGCUGCCAUUACUUCUAUUGUUGCCGUUCCAGCCAUGGAAGAAACAGCUCAUGAACAUCAAGAAGAGGGAGAAGAUGCCGAAGCGGAGCUUGAGGCAAUGAAACAGAGGGUAAAAGAAAUGGAAGAAGAAGCUGCAAAACUUCGAGAGAUGCAAGCCCAAGUAGAAAAAGAAAUGAAUUUGACUUCAGAAGAGGAUAAAGAAGCUAUUGAUGCACGAUCCAUUUAUGUUGGUAAUGUUGAUUACGCUGCUACUCCAGAGGAUUUACAAAACCAUUUUCAAUCUUGUGGUACAAUAAAUCGAGUAACAAUUCUCUGCGACAAGUAUAGUGGGCAUCCUAAGGGUUACGCUUAUGUGGAAUUUGCGGAUUCUUCUUUAGUAACCAAUGCUAUGCUAUUAGAUAAUACAGUAUUGCGUGGACGUACAAUUAAGGUUACCGCAAAACGUACUAAUAUUCCCGGAUUUGCUAGAGGAAGAGGAGUGAGAGGGGGCCGUGCUAGUUGGCGAGGUGGAUUUUAUGGUCAUGGUGCAUAUUUUGGUCCAACUUUCCGAGGACGGCGUGCUGCCUCAUACGCUCCUUAUUAA